AUGCAAGCAUAUAUGUUUGUAUUAGAGCUAAUAUAUUCGACAAUUUCUAAGUUAGGGAUACCUAUUCCUUUCUUUCAGAACACAUGCGUGGUUUUAGUCACCUCUUACAUUUUAUGGGCUAUAUUUUCAAACUUCAAUAUAAUCAACAGAGUCAAUGUAUCCUAUUCUUAUAAUCCCAUCCACUUUUAUAAUAACGAAUUGAAGAAGCCAGUGUGCAUGGAAGAGUUUAUCCAUGAAAAUAUUCCAGAGUUCAGAGACAAGUCAUGGUCGUUAUUUAAUCCUUUUUUAUUUAAUGGCCAUUUACAGACAAUGUUUGCAGGAAUUAGGAAAUUCAAAAAUGUCGAUAAAUUGUAUUUUCAUAGACAAAUUAGAUAUGCAGGGGAUGGUGGGUGUGUAGCAUUAGAUCAUGUAAUCGGUAAAGAUGAAUUUUUCAACUAUGAUAAAUCUAAAAUCGUUUACCCGAAAAAUCAACCAAAGAAGCUAGACGAAUGUACCCGUUAUAUGACGCAAGAUGAGUUGGACAUCCAGAGUAAAGGAUCGGACGAUGAUAAGGCAAUUGUGAUUACACUGACUGGGUUAUCAGGAUCAUCCGCUGAGGCUUAUAUUAGAUGUUUAUACAAAAAGUUGGAAAAAAUAUCAGAAUUUGAGCUAUUUGUUAUUAAUUCACGGGGAUGCGGUAACUCCAGUUUAUCAACACCUAAAUUAUUCUGUGCAUUGUGGACAGAAGAUAUUAGAGAACUUGUGAAAUAUUUUAAAAAGGUCUAUCCUAAUAGGAAAAUCUAUUUAUUUGGAGUUAGUUUAGGCUCAAUUGUUUUAUCGAAUUAUUUAGCACAAGAAGGUGAAAACUCAGGUGUCGAGCUGGGCAUUGCAUUAGCUUCAAUUUGGGAUUUACGCACAUCAUCUUAUUUCUUGGAGAAUGGAUUUAUUUCCUCAUUGUUUUACUCGACAGCAAUGACUUUCCCCCUAAUGAUGUUGCUGAAAUCACAUUCUAAUGAACUAUUACAAGAUCCAACAUUCAAGUCUCAAUAUACUAAUAAACUAGUCCGCAAGAUAUGGAAAUUAAAAGACUUUGAUAAUGUCUUCACCUCUAAGUUAUUUGGGUUUACUUGUGCAGAUGAUUAUUACACUCACGCGUCACCCAUCUACAAACUUGAUAAAAUAAAAACUCCUUAUGUUAAUAUUAGUUCACUUGAUGAUCCAAUAACAGGGGGCUUACAAGUUGGUGCUCUGCCACUUGAUCAGGCUAAAUACAAUCCUUUCAUUUCAAUGAUCAACACAUCUUUAGGUGGCCAUGUUGGCUUUUUCAAAUGGAACAAUGAGAGAUGGUACGCGGAACCACUAUCGAAACUGAUUAUCCAAUUUCAUGAAAAACUAUCCUGUAAACCAGGUUUCGAGAUUCAAGUUGAUGACAAAUAUAUUCCUAAACCAGUAUUAAUUGAUGGGAAAUUACCGAUCAAUAAACAUUUAGUUAAUUGA